ACACAGCAGUUGGGUGGUGAGCCAAGCAAGAAGAGCAACCAAGACCUAUUAGACUUGUUCUAGAAAGUCUCAGUGCAGGAAAAUUGGUUUGUGUUAGCGAAGACCAUCCUAUGAGCAUUUGGUGGUGCAUAUGGCGUGUCUGUAAGAAGCCAAGUCACAGUACAUAAUGCAAACCACAUUUUCAAGCAUAACGUCAGUCUCAUCAUCCUCUUCCAAGUGCUAUCAUCUACAUAGUGUAGCCAUCCAUGGCGAACAAGUUUGCAACGGUGACAUCAAGACAUUACAUCACUCUACUCACUAUACCCACGACUCUGUGGCUGCGCCUCCUCUUUUCCAGAGUGCAUGUCCUUGCACAGCAGCAUCCAUCAACCCUGCUCUUAUACCAAGUCUUGCGCAACAUCUUGCGUCGCCGUGUCCCCCCAUCCAAUGGGCAACAGCCGUUACAUUAUUUGGACGUCGCUUGAUCGGGCCGGCAGACGAUUGGCUGGGCGUCGCAGUCCGCGUUCCUGGUGGUUCUGGUCUUUGGUGGGAGACAUGAUGCAUGUCCAGGUACCUGGUCUCUACCGUUGAAGAUCGGGUCGGAGAUUAAGUGUAUUACGGCGCCGUUCGAUGAGAUUGUUGAUGUUGGAUGUAUGUUUGGUGACGAUUGAGUGAGUGAAUGACUAAGUGAGUAAGAGGAUUCAACAUGGAUGGUGCUGUUCUUUGGCGAAGCGACGUGUGCUGCGA